GUCGAAAGUAUUAACGUCAACGAAAGCGAAUCUUAAUCGAGCCUAACCUACAUGGAUAAAAAUAUAAACCAUGGAAGUGAGACUGUCAUUAUGCAUAAUGUACUUUUGUAAUAUUAAUGUUAUACCAGUGCAGUGGUAUAUUUUUAUAUAACCAACUACCGCACCGAUGUUAGCAUAGCGUUUAAUUAGCACCCAUUUUCACUUGAGCUAGCUAAGUAGCAAUAGCACCCUUUUGCAUGUGAGCUAGCUAAUUGCUUACAAUGAGGGAAUCUUAUUUGGACAAAUUUGCCUACUUGAGCAGUAAGCCUAGGUUUACAUGUACAGUUAUGUAAUCGAUUUGAUUGUUGAUUUUCUGUGUUUCAAUGUAUGCCAUGUGUUUGGCUGGCUCUAAAUAUGUAUCUUUGAUGCUGACGGCCAUUCCCUUAGUUACACCUAGUGAGUCUACACAUAGUAUAUACAAUAAUGAAAUCACCUGGUCCCAACAUGCAUGGCAAGUCAAGAAAAGUAAUUGUAACUUGUCCACACUGCAAACUGAAGUUAAAUAAGAAAAACUUCAAAACACAUUUACGAAGAAAGCCUACACAUAGCUUUGAAACAGUGUCCAAUGAAAUAUUUUUGGCAUGUGAGUGCAUUGAUGUGAGAAAUGGUGUGUUUGCAGUCAAAAAUAAAUGUUCUGGUCCAGCAACACCCAUAAAUGUUGUUUAAAAUAGUUUGGCUAAUUCAGUUCCAACUGUGUUGAAAACUGUUAUGCAUGCUGGAGUAUUAAAAAGCUGUUGAAUUGUACUUUUUCUUUACUUUCACAUACACUGUGUUGACAGAAACAUUGCUCAGAUCUUGUCCCCUGGACCCUGGAGGACUUCUGGUGUGGAUGAUGUUCAGGAUCUACCAAAGCAAGGUUUCUCAAACAACUGUGGGGUGUUUGUUGUGAUGGAAAAUACGCAGCAAACUAGGCGAUGGCGGUGCCUAGUUCUCCUGCAGAACUUUCCCAUACAGUCUGAAGAAGAGAGGUUGAAAGAUCGAAAAAGGUGGCAAAAACAAAGCACACUACAGGAUGAUGUUGAAGAUGUCCCCCCCCAAGAAGUCACAGCAUGUCACAUCAGUAUACAGCUCUGCAGGAUCAGAUAUCAGCACAAAUGUGAUGAGUUGGAGGUGCAACAGAAGGACUUCUCCUCUCAGUAUUUCACCGUUGAGAAGGAGAAGAAAGACAUUGUGCUCUACCUGAAGCGCUCGCUGGCCCAGAAGGAGGAUGAGCUAACAGACUUGUUGGAGAGACUGGUGGGACUGCAGCAGGCCAAGGAAGCUGAGAAGGACUCCUUUGAGCUGCAGCUCAGUCAACUUCGCCAAGAGUUCCAGGAGAACAAGGACAAGCUCACCUCAGAGAACAUGGUCCUUGCGGGUAAGCUAGCAGCUCUCGAGGAGUUCCGUGUACAAAAGGAGGAGCUGAUGGCCCACUUGGAAGGCCUGGAGGAGCAGCUUGGGAAGCAGAGACAGGAGCACCACACAGUCAUCUACAGCCUGGAGAGGAAGGCUGUGCUGGACAAUGACAGACUAAAGAAGGAGAUGCAGCAGCACGUGGCGGCGGUGGCAGCCGAGUUUCGGCGCGUGUCGGACAGGAAGAUGCCAGAGACGACCAUGAGGGCCAUCCACGAGAAUGUGUCUGUGACGGCCCAGCUUAGUCAGCUGUCAGACAAGAGCAAGCAGCUGCUGGAGGAGAACGAGGAUCUGAGGGAUAAAGAGAAGCAUAUUCGCAGAGAGAUGGAGGUCCUGGAGCCCUUGUUCAACAAGAUGACCCGUAAGAGCCUCAGCAACCAGAAGGUGAUCCAUCAGCUCACAGAGAAGUGUAAGCAGAUGCAGGCUGAGUUGGAGGAGUAUGCUAGGGCUCAAGAGGAGCAUCAACAACUGCAGAAGGAUCAUGUUGUACUGCUGGCAGAGAUGCAUGCCCUAAGGCAGGUGCAGGCCUCUCUGUUGGAGGAGACAGGGAGGAACUGUGCCGAGGCAAACAGGCUGGGGAGAGCGCUGGAGGAGGAGAGGGACGUGAGAGGACAACUGGAGACCAUCCUACAGGCGGCUGCAUUCGCCCUGAAACAGGCCCUCAUGGAGGUGCCUAAAGAGGAGGACUCUGAGGUGAAGACUCUGGUGCGGAGGAACCAAAUGAUGCAGAAGCUGUUGGCUGUGUUGGACAGUGCUGCUCUGUUGGGGAAAGGGCCUGCCAUGAAGGACUUCAUCCCAGAGGGAGACUCCCUCCACGAGCUCAAGACCGGCCCUGGCCCAGGAAGAUCAUCAGGGCUUCUUGGUCCUCUUCUCAAGGACACCACCCAGCUGUCUCACUUCAAGACAGGAGACCUGGGCCUUGUACCGCGACGGACACACAACUACAACAACAUCCUGUCCAAGAUGGGACCCCUCUCCAAGAGCACCCGCCUUCAACUGCACAGGAAAGUCUCACCACCCCAGAAGAGGACCAGCCCAUCCAAACCCUCUGGUCCAGAGAGCCUGGCUCCUCCACUCAGGGACCCUCCCAGAGGGAGCCUGCUUUCCCCCCACAGGCCCUCUCCAACCAGGGGCAGCGCCGCUGAACCCAUCCUCAGAUAGGCAGGACUGGGACUGGGAUUUAAACCCCUUUUAAUGGGACAUUUCAACAAAAAAUAAAUGUUGCUACAUGGUUAUGCUCACUUUUUGGAAUGACAUGACUAAUUCUGUUUCUUUUCCAACCACUAGGUGGCAGGAGCAACUCUUAGAAUAUGUUGUACUGAAGCAGACAAAGACCAGACACAAUAAUUUUAUCUCUAGAAAUCUAAUAAAGGCUCUGUUAUUUUGUGUUAUGAUUUAGGUCAAAUUUAUUUGGAGACUAAAACCAAACAAUAAACAUUAGAAAUGUAUACUCAAAAUAAGAAAGGUGAUAUUGUAACAAAGCCAAUUGUCCAUCUACUAAAUCCAGUAUGUAGUUCAUGAAGUAAUAAACAGAGGAAAAUACUUUUAAAAUGCUGAUCUUUAUAAGGUGAUUUUACAAGGUUCAAUGGUUGUUAUGAGGACAGAAUGUGGGCUGUUGUACUGUACAUCUUUUACAUUAAGUGAAGUCUGGUGUUUGACAUUGUCAAAGUCUCUAUAAUGCAAAUAAACACAAAGUCUAUGAGGA